AUGGAGCGUGUCCUGGAGCAUCUUGACGUGCUCAAGCUGACGAGACUCGCAGCAGUGUACAUUUUCUCGGAGCUGUUGAACCUGCGGCACGUGACACUUGGCAUCGGCCUAUUUUUCCUCGGUUUGCUAGCUCAAGCAAUUAUGCACCGGCAGAAGAUUAUGGUGAUAUCUAUGCUGGUUCUGAAGAAGCGAGCAAUGCGCUAUGCUCGAGACUGGGUCGAGUCGUCGACAGACAAGUUGGGCGCGUUCACUUGGACCCCGCGGAUUAUCUUUGUGAUUCCGGUGCUUAUGAAAGUGUUUGGACAGCUCAAGUUCAUGCUGUUCUUGCAGCAAGAUGCUCGUUUGGCAGCGUCUGUGCUAACGGUAACUGCAGUUCUUGUUGCCAACUCGCUACGUCCGGACGCCAGCCAGCACGCUAAAUUGUGGGGAGAAGGAAGGCGGUUGAAAUUCGCUGCCUACUUCAGUGCGAUCAUCUACUGGGUGGCGUGGCGUGGCCAAUGGGUCGACACUAUCCGGCUGCUGGGGCCGGCGUUUAUUGAUGCUGGCGGGAUUGUGCUGGGCUCGGUCUCGUCGGUAGAGCUGCAGGAAGUCUGUCGGCGUGCUUUCAAGAGACUUUACAGCGAUGUGGCAGAUGACAUUCAAGCCGACGUUGAUUUAGAUGUGUGGUUCUUUCUGGGUCUGGGCAAUUGGAUCGUGGAGUAUUGGCAACAACCGACGGAUUUUUCGUUGGAAAUGCUGUCGAAGAUGCUGUCCGAGUGUUUCGACUCCAUGGAGAAAGCUGCUUUGCGAACGUUCAGUCCUGAGCUGCGUCACUUGCGAAGCCAACUCACCAAUAUGGAAAUUACCGACGAACUACAGUUACUGAUCGCUUAUCUGAAGAAGAACAUCGAAGCAGUCCCACCCCCAAAGACGUUCGGCACUGCAGCUCUAUUUGCCAAGCGCUGUCCGUCGUUUGUGGUGCUCAUCAUUCUCAUUGUUUUCUUCGGCGUAAUUUCGCUGCCGCUGCUGCCAUUUGCUGCCUCCGAGUACCAUGAUGCUAGAGAUCUGUACAACCGCUAUCGCGGUGGAAAACUUGAGGAAAUGGACGGACUGGAGCUGAUGCUGUCGGGGUCGCCACUGUUGCGCGUCUGGAAGAACAUCAAGGGCUGCAUUUACUGCCUAGAAGGAAGCGUCACGUUUUCCAAGGCCGUCGAGACUGGAACUCAUUUGGUGUCUGCUGCUGCUCGAGUCAGGUACGGUCUGUUGACGCUGCUACUUUGA